AUGGAGACCUUCGAUGGGACCCCUGAAGAGAAGAAUGCAGUACUUGGCCUCUUGACUGAGAUGGGCUACGCAGUUGAACAGGGAGCUGGGAUCCCCCAGCUGCAGAAAGAUGUACAAGAGCUGGGACAGGAAGCAUUCAUGGAGUCCAUUCCGAAAGACACUGCUUUCCGGACAAGGGCAAGCUUGAGCCGGUUCGUCAAGGCCUUGAUGCUGGGGGAAGCAGAUCCCCUCCCAGCAGGUCUCAUCGGUCCUCUUGACACAAGCGCAGAGAAAGACGAGAGGUUCCACAUUAUGCUGCACAAUAUCUUCAAGGCUGACGAAAAAGAACGCAAGUUGGCCAUCCGAGUCAUACAUCUCUCAAGAUUUGUGGACUACACGAUGCAGAGCAGGCAGCAUGCGAAGUUGGUCCUUCCGGAGGGCUCCUCUCUUCAGCUGAUCUGCGAAAUGUCUCAACAUGUCAGCUUUCAUCGAGUCUUCUCAGCGAAAGAUCUAUCGGUUAGCAAAGGUUCCGUGGUCUAUUUUCACAGUUGGACAUGGGGCAGCUCAGGCUAUGCGGCAUUUGCUGCCCGUUUGAGGCCUCCUCUUGCACCUGUACAGCCCACAGCCUGUGUCUACCACUUUUGUGGCCCAGACGCAGAUCCGGAGCAAGGUGUGCUCAAGGUCUGGCACGCGCACGCCGGAGAGGUCAAGUCUGAAAAUAACUUGACGAAGCUGGAAAGAUACCAGUCCAUGGCUGUUCUUCCGGUGGAGCGAGCGCAACUGCUCAUCGAGAGCAGUUUUCGGAAAUACCGCAACAAAGGCCAUGCAUACAUAGUCCCCGAGGACUGUUCGGAUCAGAAGCAGCUUCCCACUGCUCAGCACGCUGGGAGGCAUGUCUACAUUUCUCAGAUGGAGGAGCAGCUCUGUGCCGAUCCGGGGGCCUUGGUGAAUGAGCCUCAGAAGUUUGAUGCCAGUGCCGAUCUGGAAGCUGUUCAACAUGAAACUGCGGAUGGUGGGCGCAAUGGGUUUUGCAUCCGCCUGCACAAUGUUCCGGCAAAAAACCUGAAGUUUGGAAUGAAGGUGAAGGUCAAGUUGCCGGAUGAACGUCUGGCGUAUUUUCAGCUGGACAGCCAUUGCUGCGGUGUGCUCCGACUCCCGGAGGGCUCAUCGAUCGAGGUCGAGUCGCACUCUGAGGAGUUCCCUGAGUCGAGGUUCACCAGUAGUACCCUUUUGCCCGCUUUUUUUUGGGAGUCUCCGUAG